AACACACACACACACACAGACAGGGGGAGAGAUCAGGGGGGGAGAGAGGGGACUGCAUUCAACGUAUCAGUACAGCUUCGAGGAAAUCUAGAGCCUCCUGCUUCUCAGGUUAAGAAAACUUCCACAAAUGGAAGAAAAUCAAUCAUCAAACUCUAUGAAUCAUAAUGAAAAACCAUGCAAAGAUAUUGCAAUUGAAAUUCCAGGGGACUUAUUUCCAAAGGACUUGGAGACUACCUUUCGGCCAGAGGAAUGUAUCUACAAAGCUCCAGCUGCACUUUGCGAUUCAAACAGAGCUUCCUACACUCCUCGGGUAAUUUCUAUAGGUCCUUUUCACCAUGGUAGUGAAAAACUGAUGCCUAUGGAAAUUCAGAAACAAAGAUAUCUGAAAGAAUUCUGUAAGAGAUUGGGAGGGGAAACAAAGGGGCAAGAAUCUUUGAAAGUACUUUGGGGGACCAUUCAAAGUCUUGAAGAUAAAAUCAAACUCCGUUAUGCAGAUAAUACAUUUGUUGAAUUUUCUAGCGUUGAUAAUAAGUUUGUGAAGAUGAUUCUGUUUGAUGCAGUGUUCAUCUUCGAGCUCUUCUUGAAGAAUGAAGAAGAUAUGCACGAUAACAAACGAUAUCAAGAUGAUUUCAUCGUAGGCAAACCCUGGCUGAGAGCUGCGAUUCAACGGGACUUGAUAUUGCUUGAAAAUCAGCUUCCAUUCUUCAUUCUCAAGAAAUUAUAUAAGCUUGCCAUCGAGGAAACAAAGCUCAAUUAUCCUUCUUUUCCGGACCUUUCCUGCAACUACUUUGAGAAGUACGGUAAUAACAAAACCAAGCCAUAUGAAACCAAACAUUAUAAACCGUUGCAUUUCACUGAUUUGGUAAGACAUUUUCUAUCCUUCAAGCACCCGCAGUUAGAAUCACCAGGUGGAAAGCAAGUUAAAAAUCUUUAUAGCGCAACCAUGCUGCACCAAGCAGGAAUUAAGUUCAAGGCAUUGCCGGAUGAAUGCUUGCUUGACAUAAGAGCCUGGAAGGAAACUGAGAAUACAGUCAAGAAAGGUGAGUUACAUAUGCCACCACUUGAAAUCGACAACAGCACCGAAUGUCUCUUCCGAAACCUCAUGGCCUUGGAACAAUGUCAUUAUCCAACAGAAGAGUUUAUCUGCCGUUAUGUUAAGCUAUUGGAUUUUCUUGUGGACGUUGAAAAGGAUGUGGAUUUGCUCAUUGAAAAUAAGGUUAUUGUUAGCAGGCUUGGUGACAGUAAAGCUGUGGCGGAGCUUAUUAACAAACUUUGCCUAGAAAUAGUAGAAGUUACUUCUGGUUAUGAUGCUCUCUCCCAACUGCUGAAUGAUUACUACGACAGCUCUUGGAACAAAAACAAGGCAUACUUGGUUAGUGUGUAUUUCAACAAUGUUUGGAUUGGUACUGGAACUGUUAUUGGAUUAAUCAUCCUAGCCAUCACCGUGACGCGGUUUAUCCUCUUCUUUUUCCGCUAGUAUUCUGUGUUUUUGCUAUAAAGAAAAGGCUCAACUCGACAUCACUAUAAAAGAAGAAGACAUGGAUGCUAGUUGAGCUACAAGCUUCUUGUUGGCUUUCCUCUAAAUAAAUUUGUAUCCCUCUAUGACUCACUGUGUCGCUCCUGCUGUUGUGUAUGUGGCCGUGCCUGUAGAAUUUUAGUUUCCCUUGAAGUUAAUAAAUCUUGUCAUUCCUGUUGUAAGGCAACAACAACUAUUAUUGAACUUGAAGGUUUUCAUUAACAA